GGCAUAUAGAUACGAUCCUGUAAUCAUAAUCGUUUUGCUUCGUGUUUUUUCGGUGUAUUUCGUUAUACAUGUCAUAAUGUUUUGUCGCUAAAAAAACAAAAGAUUACCAAUUUCACCAGUGAUAUCAAAUAACUUCUCUGGUUUCAAGGACUGGGUGUUUUUAUUUUAAUGUUUCACUUGUGAAAGUAUAAAUUAUCUAAUAAGUAUAUUCAGCUGUUCAAAUUUUUGCGCCUUCUAUAUGCGGAUACGUCAGCUGAGUUUAAAUCUCUAAGAUUUAAAUUCUUCUUUAGUCUAAUCCAACAAUGACAAAUAUAAUAACCUAAUCCCUCCAUUAUUUCAUAUGCAUAAAUAAAAAUCCGUAUAUUUACGAAGAAAAUUAUGAUUUCAUAAAUACAUAUUCAAACUUCUAGUGGAUUUCAUUAUGACAAGUUUACCGACAUGGAUUUGCGCAGGUAUAGAAACAAGUGCAAAAAAGACUGGAAAUAAAUCAUGUAAUCUAUUUUUAUAAUAUAAAAUUUUCAGAAUCAGUUCUUCCUGAGUUUAUUGUAAUUUAUAGUUAAUACGGUUCGAUUAAAAUUAAACCACUUAAUCAAAAUGGCUGAAGAACAAUUACCUGAGGAGGUAACCAAGCACAGUUUUCGGCAAAAAACAUGGGACUAUUUGAUGAAGAAUAAUUUAGUAAACUUUCCUGUUGUUGUGUAUGAUCGGAUACCAAAUUUCAAAGGUGCUUCUGAAGCGGCAUUACGCGUAGCAGAAUUAGAAGAAUUUAAGAGAGCAAGAGUUAUAAAAAUCAACCCAGACAAACCUCAAGAACCUGUUAGAUUCUUAGCAUUAGAAGCUAAUAAAGAAAUAUUGGUGCCAAUUCCUAGAUUAAGAUCUGGAUUAUUUCAUCAUGUUACACCAGUUGCUGGAGCCACAAAAAAUGAACUAAGAACUUUAUCAAAAAUUCAUGGUUUAAUGGAAGCUGGUAAACCACUCGGUGUAGAGUCAAAAAUAAAAGUUGAUUUAGUCAUAUUGGGAUCUGUAUGUGUUAGCCGUGAUGGAUACAGACUGGGUAAAGGUAAAGGUUUUGCUGAUUUGGAAUAUGCUAUAAUGACAAGAAUGGGUGCAAUUACACAGGAUACUAUAGUUAUUACAACAGUGCAUGAUUGCCAAGUAUUUGAUAUGCUUCCACCCCAAUUAUUUAAAGAAUAUGAUGUACCUGUUGACAUAAUUGUUACACCUACUCAGACAAUAAUAGUAAAUCCAAAGUUGAAAAAACCUAGUGGUAUUAUAUGGUCCAUGCUGAGUGAGAGAAGAAUCAAAUCUAUGCAGGUAUUGCAGCAGCUUAAAGAGAUGGAUGAGAAAGAUGGUAAAAUAGUAGUUUUAAAGGAGGAGGACUCUGACACAGAAACACAGAGACUGUAUAGACAUCGGCCAAAUUCUUCAAGAAAUAACAAACGUUCCAAACCAGGAAAAAAUGUUUCUGGUGAAAAUGAUGUUAGCGGAGAAGGAGAGAAAUUUACGAUGAAGGGACGUUCCCCUAAAAAACGUUCGCAUAAUAUUAAAUCAGAGAACGAUAAUUCGUUCACCAACGGAAUCGAGGAAAACAUCGUGAACAGCGACAAAAACACGCAACGUCGUAGAAACUUGAGACUGAAAUCUAAAUCACAAGUUGCGUUUUCCCUGAAAUUGUCAAAUAUCUCGUCCAGUGCGAGAAUACGUGACUUGAAAAAUGCUCUGUUAGAACGCGGCGUUAAACCAAACGAAAUAACUUGGUUAGGUUAUCGGGGUAUUUGCUAUCUUCAUUUCAAUAAACUUAGGGAAAAGAAUAGUUUACCAGAACAGCCGAUACAAGUCGAUUCGAUAAUGACUAACCUACAACAGUUGUGUAUCGGUGAACCCACUGGAAAAGUGGAAGAUUUCAUAAUCGUAGAACCUGCGAAACCGAUAUCCAGGAUAGAAGUUACGGAUGUUUCUUCUGUUUAAAAAAGUAUUUGGAUGUUCUUUUACGAUUGACUUAGUACAAUCUGUGUAAUCACUCAACAGAUAUCGCUGUUUAGACGCGUUUAUUCUUAUGGAGAUAGUCUGUUUCCAUAAAAUAAUGAUCAUUUACCAGUUCAAGAAAUAUAUAAAUUUGUCUUAGUAA